UUCUGAAGACUGACCUGUCGCCUUUCCUCACAGUCGAAGCUGGACCUUGCCACCCAGGAUUGGAGCUCGAGCGCAAGGGACUCGGGUCGAGAACCUCCUGUUUUGCUACCUUACAUAAACAUAUGCUCCGACACCAUCUAAUAAUGUACCUUGCAAUGCAUUGGAGUUCCUCGUGCACUAGAUGUAUCGUACGUUUAGAACAUUUGAGCUAUUGUCUAUUUUACACUAGCGCCUGGUUGGACUUGUCUAGAUGUCAUCAUGUCGGUGCUUGUCCCUCACAUGCUUGUGGGAAUGAACGUCGCAAGUUUAGCGUUGUCCACCCAUCCGUCUUCCCCACUGGGAGAAAAAAAACAGCACCAAGACCAAGUUCCAACACACCACUUUCUUGAGUGCACACCGCAUUUGCUUGUGCUCGUGCUCGUGCUUUUGCUUUGCUUUGCUUGCGCUCUCCAAGGGUCCAACUCCACCUUCCUUCCUGGCCCAUUUCCAUUUUCCCUCCACCCAUCCGCACAGAGACCCGGUUCGCCAAACCUCACCGCAACCGUUUUUUUCUUCUUCUUUUCGUCUCUGUUUAUUACUCUUCAGGCUCCGAGCUGCGAACAUCAUCUUGACACAAAGACUGCAUCCUCUCGUUGGGUACAUCUGGUGACGGGCAUCAAAGAGGCACACACGCUCCUCCACAACAGAAAGCACGCACGCGACUGGAAGCAAAAGAGACGACUACCUACAACACACGAGUAGACCAGCGAGAAGCCAGAGGAAGAACGUGACAGGGGAAAAUAAACACGUAUCAACAAACUCUCUACACCAGCCCCAAUCACUCCAACA